UGUCUCGACAGAGCAAAACACAAAACGUAGUAACUGCGCCACCAAUCACAGCUUUCCGUUCGCGAGUUCAAAGGUCAUAGCAGACGGAAGUGGAUAAAAAUAUUCCAACUAUAACCCUAAAACUGUGUUGUACAGCAGUGGUUGUGUUGCAGGGUAUGAUACAGGUGUUUUGCAGGGGUGUGUGAUGUCCCAGCGUUUCUUCAGUAAGGUGCUGGGUUUUAUUGGCUACGCUGUUCAGUACGGCUGCAUUGCUCACUGCACGUUCGAGUACGUUGGAGAGUUUGUCGUGUGUUCAGGACCAUCAAUGGAGCCAACCAUCGCCAAUCACGACGUUGUUUUUUCAGAGCGCCUCAGCAGACGCUUGUACCGCAUAGAGAAAGGGGACAUUGUGAUUGCUAAGAGCCCAUUUGACCCAAAAAUGAACAUCUGUAAACGAGUUAUUGGACUGGAAGGAGAUAAAGUUUGCACAAGUGGACCACUGGAUCCAUUUAAGACACACACUUUUGAUCAAUCACAGGACGGGACUUCACAUCACAUCAAUAUACAAAGCCGUUGGCUUUAUAUAACGGUCCCAAGAGGUCAUGUGUGGCUGGAAGGUGAUAAUUUGAAGAACUCUACAGACUCCCGAUGUUACGGCCCCGUUCCCUACGGACUCAUACAAGGGCGAGUGUGUUUAAAGGUCCAGUUUCCCCGAUUCAUUUGCACAUGAAUUUGAGCCAGCUAGCUCGCAAUUGUUGAACAGCAAAUGCUAGCAAUCUACCCUGCUAACGGUAGAAAGCUAUCAGAAGCGAAUGCGGAGCAAAACUCGCAUUUUUUUCUUGAAGUUACUUGUAAUAACACGGUUCUACCAGAGAGGUGUGUAAAUUAUAUUUUUUAAAAUUCAUUUAAUGUUAUGUAGCUUGCUAACAAAUUUUCCUAGGUACUUUAGAUCCUUGCUAAUAUAAUCAUUUUGAUUAUAUUGUACUCGCCGUGCAGUACAUCAAAACUAAAUACAAAAGUGAACAGGAUGGCCUGUAUGUUAGAAUAUUUGUAUUUCAUGUGUUGAAAGAAAACAUGGCAGCGGGUAGAGGAUACAGGACUUUCC